AUGGAUACAUAUAUACGACAAUCUAUCUAUCUAUCUAUCUAUCUAUCUAUCUAUCUAUCUAUCUAUUUCUCUCUCUCCCUCUCUCUCUGUCAGAUAGUCAUUAGGGGUUUGAACAAUAAUUCGUUCUCUACAAUUACCAUCAAUCAUAAUUGUACACUUCCAUUUCUUCUUCUUCUUCUUCUUCUUCUUGUUCUUCUCCUCCUCUUCUUUUCCUCUUCUCCUCCUCUUCUUCUUAUCCCCUUCUUCUUCUCGUCGUUGUCGUCUACUAUUUUCUCUUCCUUCUUCUCUCUUAUUCUUCUUCUUCUCUCCUCCUCUUCUUUUUCUCUCCUCCUCCUCCUCCUCCUCUUCUUCUUCUUCUUCUUCUUCUUCUUCUUCUCCUCCUCCUCCUCCUCAUCUUCUUCUUCUUCUUCUUCUUCUUUUCCUCUUCUCCUCCUCUUCUUCUUAUCCCUUCUUCUCCUUCUCUUCUUCUUCUUCUUCUCGUCGUUGUCGUCUUCUAUUUUUCUCCUCCUCCUUCUCUUCUUAUUCUUUUUCUUCUCUCCUCCUCUUCUUCUUGUUUUCUUUUUCUCUCCUCCUCCUCCUCCUCCUCUUCUUCUUCUUCUUCUUCUUCUUAUUCUUCUUCUUCUUCUAUGUGCCUGGUCCUUUUCAGGUUUCUUUCUUUUCGUUCUUUCUUUCCUAUUUUCUUUCUUUCUUUCUUUAGCACUUUCUUUCUUUCUUUUUUUUUUUUUUUUUUGA